CGGUCACCACGUGGGAGACAAAGCACUCUCGCGAUACACGGACGGACGGACUCACGAAAAUACACACUCGUGAGCUCACACUAUUAUGUUUCGCAGCUUGGUCUUUCACUGCUGAUGAAUUGACACAUUUUACAUCCUAGUUCCCUUCCUCACUGUUUCGUCUGUAGGCGUAACAAGGACAGCAGUUUGACCGUUAAAACCAGAACCUGGAAGCACUUUGUGAAAAACGAUAAUUUAUCUGACACACAUUUUCCCUGGUGUGUGUGAGAGAGUGUGACCUGGCUGUGUUGUCGCGACAAAUUUUUUGUUCAAAUUUUGACACGGAAAAAAAAGAGCUUGUUCUCUCAGUUUUCUGGCAGAUCUUACUGGCGUACGCCAUAGAUCUAGAUUCUACAUCCCUCAUUUCUCUUGGAGAACGUGAAGUUGUGGAUUUCUGUAUAUUAUACAAUAAUUAUUGUGAAACGGUGACCCCUCUGCCUUGAAGUUCCUCGUAGAUUCUGGAUAGCAAAGACUGGUUGUUUUACAGAGCCCUUCUUGCAACUGCGGAUAGACAACACGUGACUAGCUGCCGAUAGCUCCGUGAAGUCACAAGAUAUUGAUCAACAAUAAGAUUAAUGUUCACAUUAAUGUGAAUACACUACGAUAUUUGCAAUACAUAUAAUGUGGUUAUCUUUGUAGAUAUCACUACCCCUUAAUGUACUUCUGUGAAGUCUGUAGAUAUUCAUUAUAAGCCAUCCAGAGACUAUCCGUCCAUAUCGUGAGAUAAACUAAUAGUUCACUAAGAUAUUUAUCUUACUGUGGAUAACUUUGUGGAUAUCACCUACUAUUCAUGGUUGUGAAAGCUGUAGACAUUCAGAGUCGACCUGAGACUGUUUCUUCACAUCGUAACUAGUCAAUGCACAAAAGACAUUUUGCCUUACUGUGGAUAACUUUGUGGAUAUCAUAUUCGGAAGGUUGUGAAGUCUGUAGAUAUCCAAAGUCAACCAGAGACUAUCAGUCGACAUUGUGAAUUAAACUUGUCAAUGCACUAAAGACAUUUGCCAUACUGUGAAUAACUUUGUGGAUAUCAUCUUAGGAAGUUGUGAAGUCUGUACCGGAGACUAUCCGUCCACAUCGUGAGAUAAACUUGUCAAAACACUAAGACAUUUUGCCAUUCUGUGGAUAACUUACUGGAUUUCCAAUUGAACUGUUGGGAAGUCUGCGGAUAUUCAAAGUCAACCGGAGACUAUCCGUCCACGUGGUGUGAUAAACUAAUCAAUACCCUAAAGACGUUUGCCAUACUGUAAAACAACUUUGUGGAUAUCACCUUCAGAAAGUUGUGUGUAGUCAACACACUUAAAACAUUUGCCAUACUGUGGAUAGCUUUGCGGGAAUUGUCUUUGCAAGUUGUGACUAUCCGUCCACUUCGAGGGAUAAACAGAUUAAACCAUGAACGGUGACUCCACCCCAGGCCCGGGCGAUGACGCGGCCCCUGAAAGUGACGUCACGUUCAACCUGCUCCCGCCCGCCUCGGGCGCUGAUGACGACAACGGCAACGUGGUGGUGGUCAAGCCUCGGCGGGAACAUCACGUGACCGGAAUGCCAGGACAGAGUUACCGUCCGUGGCCCAGAAGAAUGUGGCGUUCGCCCGCCUGGCUCACCCCGUGAACCUGGGACCCACCUGUCAGGAGGCGCAGUUUGUCGUGCUGCUGCUCACGCCGGGAAAGGAGAAAGCCACAAAAAGCGUGAUGGAGCUGGGGCGCACCUUCUCCUCCCUCUUCACCGACCUCACUUUUCGCCACAAGCUGCUGUCCGCGACCUCCAAAGAUGGCUUCCGGCGCAUGCUCAAAGAGAGGGCGGAGCAGAUGCAGCGAGAGCAGGCGGACCCCGCCUUCCGGAAGUCGUCCAAUCAGCUGGCCAAGUCGGUCUUUGACGAGGAUGACGCCAAAUCAUCUUCAGCAUCAGCGAAGAUUUCGACCUUGACUUCCGAGCGAUGUUCGCUUGUGUGGGUCUGUGGAACGCUGGGUUUCUCAUUCUGUACUCGGUGUUUGGUGUCAGCAAACUGAUGAAGUGGUCAUCUAGAGUGGUGCACGUGCGAGAGACCCGUGUGUCCGGCAUCCUGUCUCACGUGCUGAUCGGCCUGUCCAUGCUGAUGCUGCCCACCCCACUCACGUACAUCCCGCGCGCAGUCCUGGACGGCCUGUUCCUCUAUGUGGCCAUCACGGCGCUCUACGGCAACCAGCUCUUUGACCGGGUCCUGCUACUCUUCACAGAACAGGCGGCGUACCCGCCCAACCACUACAUCCGGCGAGUGCCCCAGCGCAAGGUCCACACGUUCACGGCCAUCCAGCUGGUACAGCUCGCUGUGCUGUGUGUGUUUGGUUUCAGCCCCGUGUCCUACAUGAAGAUGGUCUUCCCUGUGCUGCUGAUGUUCCUCAUGCCCAUUCGCCACAAGUUGGUGCCCAAAGUCAUCGAGCCAAAGUUUCUCAAGGCGUUGGAUGGACACUGAGACACUGGGAGCUUCCUACCUUCUACAUGUCUCUACUACUGCAUUAGAUAAACUUUGUACCCUGCUUAGUAAACUACUACAGUGCGGCCAAAAAUUCGUGGAGCAACUUAUUGUCAAAUAUUCCCUCAACUGUCGAAUAUAAUGUCGCCAGCUUUUGCGCAAUGUCUUGUAUCAAUUUGUCUUCACAGAUUAAUUAUUGUUGUCAACACCUGUUAGCUGUAUUUUAGAACAUUCCCUAAUAACUACUAUAAUUAAAAAACUCUGGGUUGUUUCUACAGAUUUUAAAAGGUUUACAGCUGGGACAAUAUCGCUAUUAAAAGCAAGUCCGUCUUUUUUUCUUUUUUUUUUUUUACUUAUCGUGACAUUAUGCUUUUUGAACACAAGUUUUGAGAACCUUUAAUGCAAAAAAGGUAUUCUUUAUCAAAUUGUUUUCUUGUAACAAGUUUUGUCACUAAAAAGUGUCAUUGGCGAGCUGUGACGUAGUCCAUAUUUAUAUGCGUAUGUAAAAUGUGUGUGAGAAGUGUGAAGUGCUGUAAACGAUUCCAUUUUCCGAGUGAUGGAGAUUUAUAUUAUAGUAUUUUACAUAAAUUUGUGAAGAAAAGGGUUUAAAAAAAUCUAAUCUCAAUUGUUA